GGGUUUCUUGGUCUGGGGGUCCCGUCAACCCAACUGAUCCCAAGAAAACAGGGGCUUUUCUGUCUUCGGGGAAAUCAUGGCUCGCGCUGCAGGUGUGCGCGGGCCCUUUUUACUCAUUUUGUUGGAGAUAACCAUCAUCUGCACGGCGCAGAGGACUGGAUCUGGGACUCCUGGUCCUGCUGGUGUGCCUGGAAUAGAUGGCAUUGAUGGGGAGAGAGGUGACACCGGUGAAGAUGGCUCUGCUGGUCUUGAUGGAGAUGCUGGAAAACCUGGUUCUGCUGGACUUCCUGGAUUACCUGGAGCUGAUGGUCUCAUAGGCCCCAUUGGAGAACCAGGCCUCGACGGGCCCCCAGGACAAAAGGGAGAACCUGGUAAACCUGGUAUCAGAGGAGAGGCGGGUGUUGGACCUGAUGGACCAAUGGGCCCACCAGGACCAGGAGGACUUCCGGGAGAGCUGGGAAAAGUGGGACCACCUGGAGCCAUGGGUGUGAGAGGACCACAGGGACCCAGAGGACCAACAGGGCCCAGAGGAGCUGCAGGGAUGUUGGGUGGAUCUAUGGAACUGUGCCCUAAUGCAUGCCCACCGGGAGCACCUGGCCAUCCAGGAUUGCCUGGGAUGAAGGGUCAUAAAGGUGUGAAAGGAGAAUCUGGAGAGCCUGGAAAACAAGGACACAAGGGAGAGGAAGGGGAUCAGGGAGCCUCUGGAGAGGUCGGAGCUCAAGGCCCUACUGGACCACAGGGAAUUCGAGGUGCUACCGGAAUGAUUGGAGCAAAAGGAGAAACGGGGCCUCGGGGUGUUGAUGGUGACCCGGGCCCUCAAGGUGUUGCAGGGGCUGCGGGGGAUCGAGGACAACGCGGAGGAGUGGGGGAAACCGGUCCUAAAGGAGAACAGGGACCUCAAGGGCCAAGAGGCAACACUGGUCUUCCAGGGCCAAAAGGAGAUGGCGGUUUGCCAGGAGUGGACGGACGUGAGGGAAUCCCUGGCAUGCCAGGUGCCAAGGGCGACAAAGGAAAAGCUGGAAGCCCCGGGGAAAUUGGCCUUCAAGGACUGCCUGGUUUACCAGGAAUCCCAGGACCAAAAGGUGGAGGAGGAGAGAAGGGUAACGCUGGACAACCAGGCCUUAUUGGCACUAUGGGAUCUUCAGGCAAACAAGGUGAACGUGGAGAACAAGGAGAACUCGGACCCAUUGGGCCUAUUGGACUAGCUGGAGACCGCGGAGAACAGGGACCCGUUGGACCGAUGGGGAAACCAGGAGCCAGAGGGCCUAAAGGUGACUUGGGUUUGCCUGGACUUCCUGGACCGCCGGGCCUGCCAGGAAUAAAAGGAGACCGGGGUGAAGGAGGUGAACCUGGACCAAAGGGAGAACCGGGAGAUCAAGGUGCAGAGGGAACACCAGGAGACAAGGGAGAUGUCGGUGACCCCGGACAAUCUGGAGCCAAAGGCGAAGUUGGAAACCAGGGUGAUCCGGGUAACAGAGGGCCGCAGGGAGCUCGAGGGCAGCCUGGCAUUGAGGGGCCUGCUGGUAGUGCUGGUCCACGCGGCAUGCAGGGCAACAGAGGAGUUCCAGGACCUCGUGGCUCUCAGGGACCAGCGGGCAAGGAACCGAGUGAUCAACACAUCAGACAAGUGUGCAUGCGAGUUAUGCAGGAGCAGUUGGCACAGUUGGCUGCCAGUCUGAGGAGACCAGAGUCUGGAGCAGUUGGACUACCAGGCAAACCUGGACCUCCGGGACCUCCCGGGCCCCAAGGUGACAGUGGUUUCCCGGGGCAUGCAGGAUCCAGAGGAUUGCCGGGACUUAAAGGGCCUCCGGGACUGAUGGGUGUCAAGGGGCCAAAAGGUGAGAUGGGAGACAGAGGAGACAGGGGUCCAACAGUUCGGGGACCCAAAGGCCAGCCGGGACCUCCUGGACUACCAGGUGAACCUGGAAUACCAGGAUAUGGUCAAGAUGGACGUGAUGGAGAACGUGGUCCACCUGGAUCUCCAGGUCAGCCAGGUGUUCCUGGACCACCCGGUUCGGCCGGACCACCAGGCUACUGCGAUCCUUCAGCCUGUAAUCUAAGCGCAGGGGCCGCACACCAAUCCCUCAAAGACUCUAGCAUGAAAGGACCAGGCGGAAACUAAACACCAGACCUCAAGACUCUCUCAGAGACUCCGUUACAGAUAUAGUUUAACCACAGCUGUAAUGCCUAAAACAUUUCAACAUACUCCAAGGUCCAGAAAAUGUCUACUUUUCUAGUUCCAAACAAAUAAGAGACUUUUUUUGUCCACCUGAUGUUGUCAACUAGUUCAAAUGAACUUUGACAGAACUUAUUGUUCUCCUGAAAGCCAUUACGUUUCCCCCCUCAGCUCAUAUUUUAAACUGCUCUAGGAAGUGAACAAACAUCAAUGCGGUCUUCAGACCUGAGGCCUUUUUCAUUUCUGUGUGCCAAAGAUAAACCUGACAGAAAUAUUGAUGGUGCUCCAAGUUUAUAACCAACGAGAAAUGGCUGCCAAAGACCUGCUGUCUGAAAUAAAAAGGAGAGAGAAUAUAUAGAGAAAUGCUGCCAUAUAUCCUGUACAUCUAUGUAAAUGAUUUGAUUGUGGUUUAGUAAGAAAUUCACCCCAUUGCUAAAGAACAUCAGUGUGAUUUAUUGUGGGUUUGAAGGCGCUGUAUGUGAUUUAUACACAUGAGGAAUGCAAAUGUGUCGUUUCAUGGUUUUUCUAUUUAUUUUACAUAGGUGUUCGAUGUCAAAGUUUGUACAGAGAUCCAAGGGAAACUAGUUUGAAUAAAUAUGAAGGUUUUUAUAUGAAUUCAAAA